AUCAUUGCAAUUGAAAGCCAACUAAAUUAGUACGGUAACUCUCGGGCUUCAAUCGUAUUAAAAGAUUCAAACUACUGAAUUCAGAAGAAAACAUACCACGGCCAAAUCAGGAUGCCGAGCUGCGCCAGCCUCCUGUGUGCAUCCCUCGUUCUGUGCGUCGCCGUCUCUCAUUCAUUUGGGCUUGUUCUCUCAGCAAAAGAGAAAAGGGGUUGGACACUAAACAGUGCAGGAUAUCUGUUAGGACCACAUGCCAUGGAUAAUUACCAAUCCUUAAAUGAAAAGCAAGGCCUUGCUGGCAAACGUGACCUGCAAAUCGAAGAUGACAUUAAACCUGGUAACUUGCUGCAAACCCUCACUGAUGAAACUGCUGCUCGUAUAGCCAUUGAAUUUCUCAUGUACUUGCACCUAAAAGAAAUUGGUGCACUUGACGACUUGCCAUCAUUAUUACCAUCUGAAGUUGGCCGGUCAUAACCUAUCAGAGCGGACUUUCUGGAAUGUGCCAGGAUCAGAUUAACAACUGCAAUUCCAAUGGUGAACAAAUCUAAUGUUAUUCAUGACACUUUAAGAUAAACUGCAAUUAGAUGCAUGAAAAUAUUAAUUUGUAUUACUUUUGUUGACUUGGUAUUGAGAUCAAUACGUUUUGUGAAAUUCUUUGUUUCCUCACUGGGGAAAAUGUGUAGACAAAUAAAAUUAGCAGCUGCAAUUA